AAAACAUCGGCGUUUUUCCACCUCUAGAGACGCUAUUUUGAAGUACUUGCGCGGCAACGAAUUUUAUUUUAUUUAGGAACAAACAGUUGCGCAGAAAAACUACACAGGCCAAAAUGGGGUCCAAAGCUACUAAAAUGGAGGGUGAAUAUCUGCCGGAUACCCCAACUCUAAACAAAAUGCGCCUGGCCAGCCAGAAAAAGGAGAAUUUGGAAAUGACGCCAACUAGGGAUCAGCUAAAUCCACUUGAUCCCCGCUCUCCCAAUGUUUGUCGCACACCCCUGAACUUCUUGCAGACCGAGCCAACAGUUCAGGAUUUUAGGGAUGCGAAUCCCGUAGUUCAAAGUGAGAACGCCUUUUCUCAGUUUCGCAAGCGUCUUCUAAAAGGAUUCUCCCUUAAUGAUCCUCGAUCGCCGCAGCUAAACCGGACACCUUUGGUGCUAGACGAGGUGCGGUCUCUAAAUAUGGAUGACACCUUUGCCGACCUAUUUGUUGACACGCGAGCCCCAUCAUCCCGCACAGAAGAUCCGGCCACCCUGUCUACUCCUAUAGAUUCGGUCAAUGCGGACGAAAGCUGCGAUAGCUUUGGAACCCCACCAAUGGAGCACAAUAACAGCUCCCUAGAAAUAGUGUCUUUGCCAUACGAUGAAGAGGAGACCAUGCCUUGCGAAGCUAAGCUGCAGACCACUCCACCACAGCUACACGUUGAUCCCCGUUCUCCGAGUGUCGGAGUAGAUCGUACCCCGAUCAUCUUCUGCGACGACGAAGAGGAGGAGGCGCGAGAGGCUCAGAUGCUGGAACAAAUUCUUGAAACGCUGACGCUUAAUCUUAGUACUGAUAGUAGCAUGGCUUCGUUUGCCUUCCCGCCCAACGAACCUAAUUUAGAAGAUUCUUUCUUGCCAUCCAAUAAACAUUUGGAGCGCGUCCGUUUGGGCCACAAGCGUAGGAUUCCACCAAAAAAGCCGGCCCGAGCCAACAAGCCAAAAAUCUUUGUUGAUCAGGAAUCGCCGGUGAUCGGAGGGCCGAGCUUGAUGUCCAAGUCAAACGAUACACCGCUAUCUGCCCAAAAGCGCACACCUCUUAGCUGUGUUAAAAACAGAGAGCACCUGCGCUCUCAAUCGGUAGACAAGGAUUUACGGCAGACGCCUCUUGCACAACAGAACCAACAGAAAGGUCAGUUUAAUCAAGCGGCGAGACACGGGCGGCGAUUAAUAACUGGCGAUGCCCUCAACGGCUGAAUGGUUUACUAACUAGGGUUUAGUACCUUCAGCUGCCUUACCUCCCACCUAAAUUUUACCAAAUCAAAUUUUUCACAUUUUUCACGCAAACAUUAUAUUCAUUAUAAUUAUCUUCAUUUUAUUAAAGAUUUUUACGGUUUACAAA